UAAAGAACCACACCACUUGUGCUUGACUUAUGAUUGGCAAUAUAAAUUAAUUGGAUAUUACUGAAGCUUCCUACCCUGUUUCCUGCCAAAUGGGGGUCACUUUUUUUUUUUCUAUAUAAACUUUGGUAGUUGACAGUUGAACGUUACACCUGCUAUCAUAUUUUGCUCUGUUUCAUUACUAAUUCAUUUUUUUUCACUUCUUAAUUGAACUUUGAUGGUACAGAAAAGGAAUAUCAAUCAGGGUAAUGAUGACGGCUCUAACUCUGAAAUUCCAGCUCGAGAAUCUAAGCGCCAACAUCCUUCUACCCAGCUUUUUACAGGGCCAAGCAGUUUUUUUCCUCCGCAAGAACUUGCACUUAGGUUGGAGCCCUUAAUCCGAAAAGUGGUGCGUGAAGAGGUUGAGAGAGCACUCCGAUCAAACCUGAGAUCCUCACUGAAUGAUAUGGAGACUUCUCAAUCGAGGACUAUUCAGUUACUUUUUGAUGAUAUAUUUCCUACUUCCCUUUACACGGGCAGUAAAAUAUCCGCGGGCAAUAGGCCCAUUAAAGUUCUCUUGCAUGAUGGUAGUUCCAACCAGAGGAUAACAUCUGGACCCUUAUCUUCAGCAAAAGUUGGUGUGGUUGUGCUUAAUGGGGAAUUUAAUCCCAACGAUCAAGAAGACUGGACCGAAGAAGAGUUCAGCAGAGAAGUUGUUCAUGAAAGAGAAGGAAAACGUCCAUUAUUGACUGGAGAUUUAUUCAUUCAGCUAAGGGACGGUGUGGGAUAUCUGGGUGAUAUCAGCUUCACAGACAAUUCAAGCUGGACAAAGAGCAGGACCUUUAGGUUGGGAUUGAAAUUGAUUAACCGCUCUGGUGAAUUUAGGGUCAGAGAAGGAGUUAGCAAGCCCAUUACUGUGAGAGAUCAUCGUGGGGAGGCUUAUAGGAAGCAUUACCCUCCCACUUUGGAUGAUGAAAUAUGGCGGUUGGAAAAGAUUGCAAAAAAUGGUGCAUCACACAAACGGUUGAGUCAGAAAGGAAUAUCCUGUGUGAAAGACUUACUACGGCUGUAUGUCACGGAUCCAUCUCUUUUGCGCAAGAUGCUGGCUUGUGGGGUCGGAAACAACACAUGGGAGAAAAUAACUGAACAUGUGAAAACCUGUGUUUUAGACAACAGUGAGUGGUACAUAUACAACACCGGAGAAAGUAUUAUACUUCUGUUCAACUGCAUCUAUGAGGUCGUAGGAGCAAUUCUUGAUGGACAAAAUUUGCAGUCCUUGGACAAACUAGGUGUAUUUCAGAAGCGGAAGGUGGAAGACUUUAAGCGUCGUGUUUACAAAAAUUUGACUUGUCUAGUUCCCCUUGAGGACCACUCUUUGAUUAGCCAAGCCGUCCUUACAUCCAAUCUGCAAAUUGGCCUUUCUCAUACUCCUAGUUCAAGCCAACAGAAUAUGAACUACCCAGUUGAACAAGGUCAAUGGGAGUCACAAAGCAACUCUGAUCAUACUACAAUUUCACUGCCACUAGCCUACACAGCGCAACAAGAUAGCCCAACCGCAGUGUCCAUGCCAGAAAGCUUUAAUGGAAUGCAAGCAUUUAAUUCGACCUUCACAAGCAAUUUCUUGGUCAGUGAUCCCUGCUCCAGUAUCUAUCCUGGUGACUAUGGCUGGGGUUCCAAUGGUUCAUUAGAGUCACUAGGGAUGACCGAUUAUCUACCUCCCAACAACAAUUAUCAGUUUGAGACACCUGUGUGGCAAGGAAAUGGAUUGUUAGAGAGUUCAAGUGUUCAGCCGGUGUCUCCUAAUUUUGGCUUUCACGUCACAAGACGUGGAAAUCCUAGAGCCAUAUGGUGCACCAUCCGUGCUGUCCUGAAAUGGAAAAAAACAUUGGUUAAGCGAAACGUGGCUAUUUGAAGAUGGAAAGGCUUUUACAUGUAGGUAUAUCUGAAGUUUGUUCGAGAUUUAACCAGCAAACUUCACCUCCAUGUCUCAGCCUAUUCUUUCGCCUCUUUGGUAUUUUAAGAUAAAUGUCCGUUACAUAUAGCAUCCAGCAUAAGUGAGUGAACUGUACAUAUAUAUUAAGGGUUUUGUUUGUCAGGAUGAAGGUGCAUGUAGGAUAAAUUUGCUUGCAGAAACAAUAUCAAAUGUUUUGCUACCCCAAAUGCCAUCAUCCUUAGAGGAGUUUAGUGCUACCUCUUUACUACAUAGUACUAGUGUUUUCAUUAUGUUUUCUGCAUCAAAUGUGAUAACAUGCGCUUGUACAGGAAGUAAUAUAAUAAGCUUAUAUCAUAAUGAGAUGCUAUGUCAAUUGUUGUCAUCUGUA